AUGGUGCAAAACACGAUAACACAUGACCUGAACUGCAGUGUACCUGCGAUAGCGAAUGCCACCUCGAGUGCAUCAGUAGUGCGAGCUGACGAAUCUACUCAGUAUGGAUGCAACGUCGGAUAUUUCCUGAUGGGCAAUGACACGGCUAUAUGCAAUGGCAACAAUGGCAGUUUGAGUUUCAUGCAAAAGCCCACUUGUCAUUACUUCAACUGCCUUGUUCCUGGGAUACCGGAUGGCCGGCCGAGUUCCUCAGAAUUGAACGCUAAUGAAUCUGCUGUAUAUUCAUGCAACACCGGGUACUUCCUGUUGGGCAAUCCCUCGAUUACAUGUUAUGGCUUUGGUCGCUUGAGUACCAGUGAAACGCCGUCAUGCUAUCCUUCACCGCCGACCGAAUACCGUUACUGUCAGCCAACUAAAACUAUAAUUGUGACAUCAUACAAUCAGCUGAACUACAGUUUUGCAAGCCAGCUCUGCAGACUGUAUACGGGAAUGAUUAUUUCCAAGCAGUCGGUAUCAUAUGGGUGCGCCCAUCGCCACUUGAAAGGUCCCCUCCAUGCCUGGUUGGGCUUGCCGGCCAACAAUCAGGCCAUGUCGACAGCCUAUCAAAACCAUGACUUGGAUGUGAAGCUGUACGCUACAUGCGAAAUACCUUGCUUCUCAAAGCGAUAUGAUCAAAUGCAAUCUACCGCGAUGCCUAGCAAUAUCACUUGCCGAUAUGAUGAGCUGGGCAACAGCAGACCUUGCGCGGCGGCCAAAGGCCGGACAAGCAUCAGUAUUCUAGGCCUCAUAACCAACUACGCAGUAAGCCAAGAGAUAUGCCGGUUCUAUAAUGGAUCCAUUCUCUCUGAGUCCUCAUUCCAAGCUGGGUGUGCUCAGGGCUUAAUUAGUAGAGAUCUCAUUGCCUGGGUAGGCUCACCGGAUGCAACAGGCUUGUUGUUAGAUACUCUUGGUACACAGGUUCACCAAGCUGCUGGUCGCUAUGUCAUAUGCGAAAUACCUGUUAACUGCUCCAUCCCUCCCAUUGCGAAUGGCUUUGUCAACGUGUCUGAGAUUCAAUACCCAGAUCGUGUUAUAUAUUCCUGCAGGCAAGGUUAUGGAUUAGUGGGAGUUGCCAAUCCAAUGUGCACGGAGCAUGGAACUCUAUCCUCAGUCCCCUAUUGUAGUGAAACGAAAUGUCAGGCACCUUACAUUCCAGACGGCUUCAAAGACAAGGAAGUCAUAGUUGUCACAUUCACUGUGACCUACUCAUGUAUUCCCGGUCUGAAGGUUAUCGGCGAUGCCACGCCACGCUGCAUGCUCAAUGGAAGUCUCUCUUCGGUACCUCACUGCGCACCCUUUAACUGCAGUUUACCAGCAAUUAUAAACGGCACGGCUAAUGCUUCACUCUUGGAAUAUGGCCAAGUUGCCCAGUAUUCGUGCAACAGCGGAUACUUUCUGCUCGGCUCUUCAAUAGUUACAUGCAAUGCUCAUGGCACCAAUAGCCCAAUUCCCUCUUGUCACUCUUCAGCACUAACCGACUAUACUGCUUGCGAUUCCUCUGUAACGAUAAUAUCACACAAUAAACUGAGUUACGGUUCAGCAAACACACUAUGCUUGAUGUACAAUGGAACUAUUCUACCGGAUUCGUCUUUUGGCAAAGGAUGUGCGAGUAAGUACACCAAUGAACAAAAGAUUGGAUGGAGAGGGCUGCGAACAGCAGAUGGCAAGGCAUUUGACACCGCCAGCGUGGCACGUGACCUGAGCAGCGAGCUGUACGCCAUAUGCGAGAUACAUGUGAAAUGCAAUGUACCUGCUAUUGACAACGGGCAGGCUAACCUCAGUGUAGUAGCUGUCACAAACUCUGUGACCUACUCCUGCCCACUCAGUCUGGUCAUCGAUGGUGAUAUGAACCCAACAUGCCAGGGCAAUGGAAACCUAACAUCAGUUCCUAGCUGUAUAAAGUUCGUCUGCACACCACCAGUAGUACUAUUUAGUACUUCAAACGCUUCGGUGUUGGAAUACCUUGGAGCGGCAAAAUAUUCAUGUCAAAGUGGUUACUUUACCCGAGGGAAUCCUAUCGUUACAUGCGAUGGUUACAAAAACUUGAGUCCGACACCGUCAUGUCACCCUUUUACACCGACCAAUUACCGUUACUGCGGUUCAAUGACUAAGGAUUCUAUAUCAAUGUACGACCCCAUUCAAUUGGCUUACCAUUCAGCAGAUCAACUAUGCCGGCUGUAUAAAGGAUCGAUCAUUUCCAAUAAAUCUGUCAAUGCUGGAUGCACAAUGGGCCUGUCAAGUACGACUAUACAAGGCUGGUCAGGUACUCCUACAGAUACAGGCACAGCUAAUAUUGUCAACGGGGUAGAGGUUCCGCUGGACCAGAAGUUCCCGGUUUUAUGUGAGAUACCCUGUGUCUCUUGGCGAGAAGCAUCAACAGCCGGUUCAGUACAGUGCCGAUAUCAUGAACUGACUGGAGCUAGACCUUGCACCGCAUCUAAAAGCAUUGCAAGAAUCAGCAUUGUUGGUCUCAAAGUCGACUACAACACAGCGGUCACCAUGUGCUCAUUUUAUAAAGGAAAAGUGCUCUCCGAGUCAUCGUUCCAAGCUGGUUGCGCAACUGGACUGGCCACUCAGGAGUAUGUAGCGUGGAUAGGACCAAACUUAAACGGACAGGUUAUGACUACCGAAGGUGUGCUGCGGCUCUUCACUGACAAGUUUUACGUUGUGUGCGAAAUAGCUGAGGAUUGUAGUGUGCCCACCAUUGAUAACGGCGCUACUGACAGAACAGGGGUGGUCAGGGCAACGGAAGCUGUGGCCUUUUCAUGCCAUAGAGGUUUCAGGCUUGUGGGUGAUGCCGGACCGACUUGCACACUUGGAGGUAAACUCACAUCUGUGCCUCGCUGUGAAGCCUUCAAUUGCAGCACACCACAAAUAAAGUUUGGUACUGCCAAUGUAUCAGUCACUCAAGAGGGUGAUUCCUUUCACUACACAUGUCAGAAGGGUUACUUUCUGUUUGGAAAGUCUGAACGUGCGAGUACAUGUACAAAAACAGGUGUUUUGAACACACCGGCAUGCCAGCGUAAGUACAAUGACAUUCGAAGCCUUCAUGAUUACUUUUAA